AUGGCGGGGUCAUCGGAAAGAUUGCUUUAUGACCGUCAUGUGGAGUUUGAGGUGGAAUAUGAGAGGAGACGGCGGCAGGAAACCAGGUUUGAACAAAGAUCACACACAAGCCGAGCACCAGAAAGAUACCAGGAACGACCUCGAAGGAAAAAUGGUUACGUCUUCGAAGACAUUUAUUCAGAUUUUGAUGAAGCACAAGGUCGCCUCUCUUUAUUCCGACCGAUCAGACCCGAAUAUUUAAAUCUGCAAACAACAUAUGACAAUAAAUACAACUCGCUGCCUCGUACGUACUACAACGACGAGAGACGGCGUUAUAAAAAAGAUUAUUACGACUUCAGAAUCGAUGAGAAAGCACCAAAACAAUCGUAUGAAAAAUUUCAAUUAGACGAAAGAAUCGAACGGAAGAGAAACGAGAUUAGGGUAGAGAGGCGAGCGAACUCAAACGAAUCAAGAGUUGAUAGGAAGCCUAAGAAUAUAGCUGUCUGUAAACCAUUACAGCUACCAGAAAGAAAUGCUAGAUACUGGACAACAGAUCCACCGGGGAAAGACAAAAAACCAAAACGAGAUGAGAACAAAAAGAUUGUGAAAUUCUCAGAAGUCUCUGGCUGCAGAAAAAUGGUGAUAGAUGAUCCAGUAUGCGGUAGAAAAGUUGUAGCCGUACGAGAGUUAGAAGUUUCACUGGACCAGAUGAUACAAAACGGUUACUUUGAGAGGCACAACAUACCUAUACGACUGCCGGAGAAAAAGGAAGAGAUAAACGCUCUGCCUAACGGGAAGUGUGUCAGCGAUACGCAAACGAGGAAGUCUAGACACUCCAGACAUUUACCGCAGGUGUUGGCAGCCCUAGCGGUAUCACUGGCUCCAUUUUCUGCAGGUCUUGGUAAGGGUUACAGCUCUCCAGCUAUAGCGUCACUUCAAGGACCUGGAAACGCCACCAGGAGAGAUUUCCAGCUGACAGAUCAACAGGCAUCUUGGCUAGCUUCGUUGUCUUUUCUCGGUGCUCUGUUCGGUGGUAUGGCUGGAGGUGCUGCUAUGCGUCACGGACGUCGCCGGGUGCUGUCACUAGCUGCCGCUCCUUGCAGCCUCUCGUGGUUACUGACGGUACUUGCGACAUCAGUACGUAUGAUGUGCAUCACGGCAUUCCUUGGAGGAUUCUGCUGUUCUAUACUGACUAUGCUAUCACAGGUUUACAUAAGUGAAAUAUCAGUGCCAGAUAUCAGGGGCUGUUUGAGUGCUGUUCUCAAGAUUGUUGGUCAUCUUGGAGUGUUAUUCAGCUUCACCAUCGGAGCCUAUCUCGACUGGCAGCAACUAGCUCUCUGUAUAUCCGCUGCUCCUUUACUUCUGUUCUGCACAGUUCUUUAUAUACCAGAAACUCCAAGUUAUCUCGUCCUUAUAGGAAAAGACGAUGAAGCAUACAAAAGUUUGCUAUGGCUCCGUGGACCAAACUCUGACGUUGCUCAAGAAUUAGCUACAAUCAGAACUAAUGUACUAGCCAGUAAAAAUUUCAGUCAGCGACAAAGUCAAAUGUCCAGCAGUCAACUGAUAAGUUCUCUAGACGUUAGAACAAUGAAUCGUUUGCUUGGACCAAUUUUAGUGACGUGCGGCCUUAUGAUGUUUCAGCGUUUCUCUGGUGCCCAUGCAUUCUCUUUCUACGCUGUUCCUAUAUUCAGGAAGACUUUCGGUGGAAUGAAUCCCCAUGGAGCAGCUAUUGCUGUUUCAUUCGUGCAAUUACUAGCAUCUUGCCUCUCUGGUUUGUUGAUUGAUACUGUUGGGCGACUGCCUUUGCUUAUAGUGAGCUCAGUUUUGAUGUCCAUGGCCUUAGCUGGUUUUGGAAGUUAUGCUUACUACGAAGAAGUCCACAGGAAUCAGAGGAUACAGAACGUAAUGUUCCAUCAAACAGUUGGACAGAAUGAUUGGAUCCCAUUGCUAUGUGUUUUGGUGUUUACAAUAGCGUUUUCUUUGGGCAUGAGUCCUAUAUCCUGGCUGCUUAUAGGUGAACUCUUUCCUCUCGAGUACAGGGCUUUCGGCAGCGCGAUGGCAACUGCUUUUAGUUAUCUCUGUGCAUUUGUCGGUGUGAAAACGUUUGUCGAUUUCCAACAAGCGUUGGGUUUGCAUGGCGCAUUUUGGUUGUACGCCUCCAUAAGUGUGGGUGGACUUUGUUUUGUUGUUUGUUGUGUGCCAGAAACGAAAGGCAGGGAUCUUGAUGAAAUGGAUCCUAAUUAUGUCCAAAGCCUCUCUCCUAAAAGGUAA